AUGGUCAUUGAAAUGGAAAAGAGUCCCUCCCACAUUCUCUUCACACUUUCCAUUCCUAUCACAAGGAAUACUAUUAUCUGUCGUAGUGUUCGCAUUUUCUCUUUUUUGAAAAUAUCCAAUAUUCUUGAAUAUUCUCUCGUAUCUACCUCGUCUUUCAGUAUCCAACUGGUUUUCCAGUAUCUACCUCGAUUCCUGUAUCUACCACGUUUUCCAGUAUCGUCUUCAGGUAUCUACCUCGUCUUUCAGUAUCCAACUGGGUUUCCAGUUUCUACCUCGAUUCCUGUAUCUACCUCGUUUUCCAGUAUCUUCAGGUAUCUACCUCGUCUUUCAGUAUCCAACUGGUUUUCCAGUAUCUACCUCGAUUCCUGUGAUUUUUCCAGUAUCCAACUGGUCUUUCAGUAUCCAGUUUUACCUCGAUCCCUGUAUCUACCUCGUUUUCCAGUAUCUGCCUCGUCUUCAGGUAUCUACCUCGUCUUUCAGUAUCCAACUGGUUUUCCAGUUUCUACCUCGAUUCCUGUAUCUACCUCGUUUUCCAGUAUCUGCCUCGUCUUCAGGUAUCUACCUCGUCUUUCAGUAUCCAACUGGUUUUCCAGUUUCUACCUCGAUUCCUGUAUCUACCUCGUUUUUCCAGUAUCUGCCCUGUCUUCAGGUAUCUACUUCGUCUUUUAUCCAACUGGUAUCCCUCGUCUUUCAGUAUCCAACUGGUUUUCCAUACCUCGAUUCCUGUAUCUACCUCGUUUUUCCAGUAUCUGCCUCGUCUUCAGGUAUCUACCUCGUCUUUCAGUAUCCAACUGGUUUUCCAGUUUCUACCUCGAUUCCUGUAUCUACCUCGUUUUCCAGUAUCUGCCUCGUCUUCAGGUAUCUACCUCGUCUUCAAGUAUCCAACUGGUUUUACAGUAUCUACCGCGAUUCCUUUAUCUACCUCGUUUUCCAGUAUCUGCCUCCUCUUCAGGUAUCUACCUCGUUUUUCAGUAUGAAACUCGUUUUCCAGUAUCUAACUCGUCUUUCUGUAUCUACCUCGUUUUCCAGUAUCUAACUCGUCUUCUGGUAUCUACCUAUUCUACAAGUAUCAACCUCGUUUUCCAGCAUUUAUCUCAUCUUCCAGUAUCUACCACGUUUUCUACCAUCCCUGGUUGA